CACACCAUUAUGGGCACUUCUAUUCCACCUUUGGUGCUUCUUAUGUUUUUGCUCAUUGUCGUGGGCAAUUCAAACUCAAACAUCAUUUGCCAUGAGAAAUCAGAAAUAGUCUCAGAGAUCCAGAAGACAAGCUUUCAUCUUGGUCUGUCCAAGAAAAUUGUUGUCAAUGGACAGGAGUCCGCUGAGUAUCUUGACAUGAGUGGAGUCAAUCUUAGCAAGACAAUCAAUUGGCUUCAAGAAAUGAAUAAGCUUCCUUCUCUUUCAUAUCUGUACUUGUCCUCUUGUGGACUUGAAAGUAUGUACCCAUCCCUCAGUUAUAUCAAUUUCACAUCUCUUACUUGCCUUGGUCUUUCCGAGAACCUUUUCAAGCAUGAAGUACCUAAUUGGUUGGGCAAUCUCAGUACUAACCUCAGAGAUCUCCAGCCACCAAAAAAUGCUUUACAAGGUCAAAUACCAGUUGCCUUGUCGAAUAUUCACAACUUGAGGUAUCUAGAUCUGAAUAACAAUCAACUUACUGGGCAAAUCACAGAGUCACUGGGGCAACUUCAACACCUACAAGAACUUGUGCUUUCAAGUAACUCGUUUUAUGGUCCUAUUCCUGCAUCUCUCGGUAACCUAUCGUCUCUGACUGUGUUAUUUCUUCCUUUUAAUAAAUUGAGCGGCAGUCUUCCAAAUAAUUGGGGCUUCUCUCAAAUUUAG